AUUCUACCUGUAACAACUUUUUUACCAUAUUCUCGCGCCAAUGCGACAUAAACUUAUUCUGAUUUAUUCUAUUCCCUUAUUUUAUCGACCAAGCAGUUUUGUUUCUUGAUACAUCAUUGAUGGGGUUGCCAUGUCCGUAAUUCUUUGUACCGCUGGGUACGAUCACACCAUUAGGUUCUGGGAGGCGCUUUCGGGAAUCUGUUCACGUACCAUUCAGCACCCGGACUCACAGGUCAACCGAUUGUGCAUCUCCCCAGACAAGCGAUUCCUAGCUGCUGCCGGCCACCAUACUGUUAAGCUCUACGAUAUCAAAUCGACGAACCCGAAUCCAUUACUCACGUUCGAGGGCCACACCGGAAAUGUCACAGGUGUAGCUUUUCACUGCGAGGGGAAAUGGAUGGUCACAAGCUCUGAAGAUGGAACGGUCAAGAUAUGGGAGACACGCUCGGGUACCAUCCAGCGAAGCUACAGCCAUGGUUCUGCCGUCAACGAUGUUGUUAUUCACCCAAACCAGGGCGAGAUUAUAAGCUGCGAUCGAAGCGGCAGCGUGAGGGUCUGGGAUCUAGCUGAGAAUAAUUGUUCUCAUCAGCUCAUUCCCGAAGAAGACGUUUCUGUCUCGAGUGUCACUGUUGCAAGCGAUGGGUCUCUGCUGUGCGCUGCCAAUAAUGUGGGCAACGUCUUCGUCUGGCGACUGAUCCAAGACUACGACCACACAAACCUCCUUCCCGUAACCCACUUCUCUGCGCACAAGGAGUACAUCACGCGCAUCUUACUUUCCCCCGACGUAAAGAAACUCGCCACCUGCUCCGCCGACCACACCGCCAAGAUCUGGGAAGUAACCGCAUCGCCGCCAUCUUCCGACGAGUCCUCCUCUACAUCUCUAGGCAACAUCCCCCUCAUGCCCGCCUCCGCCAUCGCCUCAGGUCCUCUCAAUGGCACAAACGGCCAAUUAAACGGCACCGAGGGAAGUAACCCCAUAGUCGGGGGAAUGGGGAUAGGAGGAAUGGGAAUGGGAAUGGGUGGCCCCGGAGCUGGCGAAGCGAAACCGUAUCCCCUCGAGGCCACGCUGACGGGCCACCAGCGCUGGGUCUGGGAUUGCGCGUUCAGCGCUGACUCGGCUUACCUGGUGACGGCGUGCUCGGACCACUACGCGCGGUUGUGGGAGCUGCAUAGCCAGCAGGUCAUUCGGCAGUAUAACGGACAUCACCGUGGCGCUGUCUGUGUUGCUCUUAAUGACUAUUCCGAGGCGCGGUGAUUGGGUUGUUGUUGUGGUGUUGCUGGGGUAACGGGGUAGUGUGAAGGAGAAUCGCGGUGGUUGGAGAAGAUGCGGGAAGAAUUGGAGAGCUACUUAAGUGAGCUACAUGCUACGAGUAUGAACUUUUCUAUAUAAGAAUUAGGGCUGGGGAGUUAGAGGAGUCCAAUUAGCCUCUUGCUUUAAUGGAGUUAUGAUAACUGCCGUUUUGUUUAUUCUUGGUUUCUCGCUGAGCUGGUAGAUAGGUGGAUUUGUCUAUCUAGGAAACUAGGCCGAGAAAAAAUUGAUUUCUGUUAAGGUUGUGCUUGUACCUCUUAAUUACCUAGGUACUAUAGUUGUAGUUGGCGAUAUGCCAAGACCGUAUUAUAUUCCGUAGAAUGUGAUUCUCAUACAUCUACCAUAAUUAUCCCUUAA